AUGGAUCGUCAAGCCUUCUACGAUGACGCUGACGAGGGCACCAAGGACUGGCUGGCCAGCCAGCUCUUCUACCGAGAGCUCGAGACCCUCCGCCGCAACAAGCCCCUACUCGACACUGGACUCUUCGGGGUGAACGGGUUGGAAUUGUAUGACAGCAGUCAGGACCACGGCAGGCUCCGAGCCGGCGUAAUCCAAACGUUGCCACUAUUUUCACGACGACAGCGGAAACACAUCCUAGCAAAGUCGGCUAGGAUUAACCCGCACGACGACCUUACACUCGGUAAUGAUAACGACGACAACAACAGGAACGGGCUCCAAGAGUCACAGCUCCCGUGUCCGUCCACCCCAAUGCGCCUAGACAUCCCCGCCAUCAGCAAGGACAUGGGAUACACAAGGCCGUUUAAGGAACAGUUUCCGCUCGAGGCCAGAGCAGCCAAGGCGGACUUCCUCACGACCGGAUACGAAUAUAGCGACCAGGAGAGCAUAUUCCAGGGGGCGGACUGGUUGCCGUACCUACAACAUCCAUCUCGGGUCAAAUCUCAGCUCCUUUUCAAGGGCUUCCCCAUGGCGGAGAACGUCGUCUUCGUCAAACACCCAAAUUACUGGACCGACAUCGAGAAGCACGGUAAACUUGUAUCGAGCGGGCAGUGUUACUGGCUCGCGCUUGCUUUGCUGCUGUAUGGCAAUGCAGACUUCUGGAUCCGUGUCAAGGCCGAGCAUUUGAACUUCCUCGAGAAGGUAUUGGCAAACCCACAACAUCCCAGGAACGGCUACUACUCGAGGAUGAACCAGGCCCAGAUCCCUACGCAGGCGACAGGGAAGACAGGGACCUGGAAAGGCACGGCAAACCUGUGGGAACUUCUGCAGAUACCAGGCUGUUGGAUGCCGGAUGACAUAUGCAACCUCACGGCCGAUGUCUAUGGUAUGUUCCUGGUACUCUACAAGUACGGCUCGGGAAGGCCAGAAUGGCAGAACAAGGUGUACGAUAUGAAGACAUACGGCGCGUAUAACAAUCGGCAUGUCUUUCUAUGUUUUGCAGAUGAAAACCACUACCAACCAAUGGUUCCCAACGAGUACUACGCCCACGAGUUCAAGCUGCCUCGGAUCACCCUACAAUCCACCCAAAAGUACCGUCUUGUAACCGGCCCGCACCGCCGUGCUCGAGAUGGGCCGGGACACCACUGGCGGGCGCGGGGGCUAAUCCCGUCGCCACUCUCCCUGCCUUGCUUUGAGCCAGAACAUCUGACACGAGUGGUCGGGUACGGGCCAUACAAGUACAAUGGACCGCCAUCCCAGCCGGCCUUUUCAGCAAAAUCCCAAAGUGCCAGGGAGCGACGUGCUAGCGUAAGCCAGGCAGAUAUCCAGGCUACACAGGCACAGAGAGACAAACAGGCUGCUCUCGAAGGUCUCAGGAUCGUCAAACAGUACAUUAAAAGCAUCGAUACAGACCACCACCACCACCAGCACAACAAGAGCAAGCGACCGGCCGAUGAAGCUACAGAAGGCGAAGCCCAAGCCAAACGCAGUCGAAUAUCACCGCCGCCUCACAUCCGGCCGUCGGGGGUGGAUGACGGUGCCCCGGGGCCUUCCCGCUCGUUCACACCGCACAACAACCGCCGUGCCCGGUCCCAAUCUGUUACAGUUAUUGGCGAGUCCGGGCGCCACCGCUCCGCUAGCCAGCAGCAACAGCAACAGCAACAGCAACAGCAACAACAACAACAACAACAAGCGGACGACGGACACGGACACGAAAACGACGGGACCUUCUUCAAGACCCUGACCAGAUACAUGACGAAGAGCGAGAAAGUGGACCGGCUACGAAAAUGGUGUUUUGAUCUGGAGCUCGCUCCGGGCGACGAGAUGAGCAAUUGGAGGAAGGAGGACUGUGUCACAGCAUUGCUCGCCGCCAGGGCACUGGUGCGUGUGAAACGCCGUGAGCAAGGGCGCGGGGAGGAGGUGGUUAGCAAGGAGGAGGAGGAGGAGGAGGACCUGUGGCCUGAUGUGGUGCGUCUUCCGUCGAAGGAGAAGAAGAAGAGGAGGAGGAAGGGAAAAGAGAAGGCUGUGGAGGAAAGUGAGGAAGGGGAGGGGGCGGAGGAUAAGACGCGGGAGGAAGAGCUUAUAGUGAUUGACUCGGAUUGA